AUGUCUACUCAUCAACAAACUCAACAACAGCAAACCCAUUUUAAUAAUUGCCAACAAAGUUCCGAAAUUCAUUACAGCUCCAACCACCAUCCAUUUGAAACAAAUAAUCUACCAUUUUUAAACGGCGAUUAUAUUGAUGUUAGUAAUAAUAACAUAAUGACAUCGUCACAACAGCCUUUAUUAUUCUCCCCCAGUUUAAAUCCCACUCUUAAUUUUAACGCUAAUUUAACCAACAUUAAUAAUAUUCCUUUGUCGAAUUCUAUCAAUGACGGCAUCAAAUAUGACAAUAAUUCUUUAAUUCUUUCUAUUUCUCAUCGAAUGUCUCUUAUUAAGGAUUAUAGUAUGAAAAUAAAUCAAUGUCAUUUUGAAAUGGAACAAAUCAUUAAUUAUUUGAAAAACCAAAAUCAGUAA